UAGAAAAUGUAUAUUAGUAUGUACCUAGAUAUAUAACAUCUCAUUUUGCUGAUAUGAGAAAUAGUUUAAAGAUUUAUUCAGUUGUAGGAAAACAUAUGUAAUACUCCACAUUAUUUUAGUUUCUUCAUAUUUCUUUUGACUUUAUACACUGGUCAGAAGAAGGUUAUUGCUUAACUUUACAUCAACAGGGUUUGACUGUCCUGUGAUUGACAAUUUAUGGCCCAUGGUGUGCCAGAUUGCAGGAGCUUCACUAACAGCUGCUCGGGCUCUUACCUCAGGUCAGGCCAACUAUGCAAUAAACUGGUAUGGAGGAUGGCAUCACGCACAGAGAGAUUCUGCUUCUGGGUUUUGUUAUGUGAAUGACAUUGUCUUAGCUAUUCGUCAGCUUCGUGUGAAGUUUGACAAGAUUCUUUACAUCGACCUGGAUGUUCAUCAUGGAGACGGAGUAGAGAAUGCCUUCCUCUUCACUCCAAAGGUGAUGACACUCUCAUUCCAUCAGCUGGAGGCAGGGUUCUUCCCAGGCACAGGAGAGAAGCAUGAUGUUGGCUGUGGCAAAGGGCGGCACUACACACUUAAUGUACCAUAUAGAGUGGGGAUAAACAACAAGCAGUUCAUUUAUUUGUUUGAAAGUAUCCUGUAUGAGUUGUGCGAGGUAUAUUUUCCUGAUGCAAUAGUGUGCCAGUGUGGUGCUGAUGCAAUAAGUGGAGACCCCAUAGGAGGAGGAAACCUGACGCCAGAUGCUUUCAGAUCCUGCAUACAACAUAUCCGGAAUCUUAACAAGCCAACUCUUUUCCUUGGUGGAGGAGGCUACAAUAAAGUGAAUGCUGCUAAGCUGUGGACUGCAAUUACUUCUGCUAUUGUGGACAAACCAUUGAGUACAGACAUCCCAGAGCACAGGUUCUUCCCUCUUUAUGGACCAAGUUUCGAGCUUGAAGUCAGCGUAGGGCUUCGCAAGAGUGAAAAUUCACAGAAAUCACUUGAUGAGACCAUAAAUACAGUGCAAGAAAAUAUUGGUAAAUUGGCAGAACUACUUGGGAAGAAAACUUAAAUGCAUCACCACAUACUAUGGAACUGCUGUAAUUUAAAAUAAUUUUUUAUCGGCACUUCAGAUUCACACAGAAUAAGCAUGUACAUUGCUGAAAUGUGUGUUACUGUGAUAAGAAUUUUUUCCUCUUAAACUGUGAUUUUCUUAAUUUAGUCUAUGAAACUUGUUUUAUCAAUGUUUCAUUUACAUUUAGGUGAUUAGUUUCACUACUCUGCCUGUUCUAAUUUUCAAUGUUUCAUUCAUUUAUUUUCAUUAUAGCAUUGCUUACAAUCAAUAAAACAUAUGAGUGACAAGAGCUUAUCUAUAGUAAAUGGAACAUUAGUUCUGCCUCUUGCUUCUCUUGAAUUGUUGGUUGAUUUCUUCUUCUUCUUCUCCUCACUACUACUACUACUUUGCUGUAGUCUGCUUUUAAUAUAUGAAAUGUCAGUAUAACAUCUAUGAAAUAUUGAAAUGUACCUUGUUUUGACAUGACUUCCAACAGUGUUAAAUAAUAUACUCAUAGUUUAUCUUUCUUCCGUUAUGUCUUUUAGGUGCAUUAUAUAUUUUUAUGUUUUAUUCUACUGUGUUUUUAACAAAUAAAGAAUAAACUAUUUA